GUUUUAUCAUUGAACUUAAACUACAUACGGGCACUUGCAAGUGCGCGGCUUACAUUCUGGGGAGGUCGCCAUAUUUUACAGAACAGUGCCAACACUACGUUCCUAAUCGCUGACAAUGGAGCAAGCAUCAUCUGUGGCCUUGCGCCGUCCGUUCGAUCCUGCGGCACAUGAGUUGGAUCCUAAUUUCCGACUCACAAAAUUUGCUGACCUGAAGGGAUGAGGGUGUAAAGUCCCUCAGGAAGCACUGCUCAAGCUUCUUGAGGGGCUCCAACAGGACAGCAAUGCCCAGGCUCAGGAUCAGGCGCACUUUCAAUAUGUGGCCCAGAUCCCGCGCAUGGGGAUUGGAAUGGAUGCUUCGGUUACCCCACUUCGACAUGGUGGGCUUUCCUUAGUUCAGACUACAGAUUUCUUCUACCCGUUGGUGGAUGAUCCUUACAUGAUGGGCAAGAUUGCUUGUGCCAAUGUGUUGAGUGAUCUCUAUGCAAUGGGUGUUACUGAAUGCGACAACAUGUUGAUGCUGCUUGCUGUCAGCAACAAGAUGACAGAUAAGGAGCGAGAUGUUGUCGUGCCCAUGAUGAUGAGGGGAUUUAAGGACCUUGCAGAGGAGGCCGGUACAUCUGUGACCGGAGGUCAGACUGUCCUCAACCCCUGGCUUACUGUGGGUGGUGUAGGCACCACUGUCUGCCAGCCAAAUGAGUUCAUUAUGCCAGACAAUGCAGUAGUGGGAGAUGUGUUGGUCCUCACCAAACCCCUCGGUACCCAGGUGGCUGUCAACGCUUACCAGUGGCUCGACCAACCAGAACGCUGGAACCGCAUCAAGCUGGUCGUGACAGAGGAUGAUGUCCGCAAGGCGUACCAGCGAGCCAUGUUUAGUAUGGCCAGACUUAACAGAACAGCUUCUCGUCUGAUGCACAAGUUCAACGCCCAUGGAGCCACAGAUGUGACAGGCUUCGGUCUGCUAGGUCACGCCAAGAACCUUGCCUCAACACAGAAGAAUGAGGUUUCAUUCGUGAUCCACAACCUCCCGGUCAUCGCUAAGAUGGCAGCCAUCAGCAAGGCGUGCGGCAAUAUGUUUGGUCUACUUCAGGGACAGUCUGCGGAAACAUCAGGUGGAUUGUUGAUAGCCUUACCAAGAGAACAGGCUGCAGCCUUCUGCAAGGACAUUGAGAAAACUGAGGGUUACCAAUCAUGGAUAAUCGGUAUUGUGGAAAAGGGAAACCGGACUGCCCGAAUAAUCGACAAACCACGAGUAAUUGAAGUGCCUGCCAAAGAUAGAGAUGGGGAGCUCUGGUAGUCUGGUUACCAUGAGAACACUUGUUAUUUGAUUAAAUAUUACUGUUGGAAAGUCAAGUGCCAGAAAUGGAAAUCCUUUGAUAAAAUGUUUUCACAUAAGAUUUUAAUACUAAAGUAACCAGAAGUUGCUUUUAAAGUUUUGUUAUUGUUAAUGAUUUAUGUAAAAACUUGUUUACCGUAACUACAGUCAAGAAAAACUUUCUGUUUUAGAAUUAAGUGUUAUGCUUUGCAGGCCGCCCCUUAGACAUUGUUUUAUAUCAUCUCCAUGUCAAUGUUUGAUGCACAGAAUUUGUAUCUAAUACCUGGCAACUAUUAGCUAUGUUCUGUUCAACCUUAUGUUGGUAUCAUAAUUCACCAAGACCUACCAGUUUGAUUCUUGGGUGCGGAUUUUGAGCAGGUCCAGCGCCCGAGUCUCAAACCGGUGUGUGUCUUACAGUCUUGUUCACAGCCUCUGUUCCUUUCUUUUUGACGUCACUUUCGGCAAAAGUUCAUUAUGUAACUUUGGAAGUAGCUGAGCAAAGUGAAAGAAGUGGAGUGAGUGUUUCAGACUGUCCCCAUGUUCAUCUGUCUGUAUGUCAAAGCUAACUGCUAGCUUUAUGUUCAUAUUUCAUGUCUAAGGGGCAUCAUUAUACAAAUUAUUUCAUUGCAUCAUUUUUCUUAAGUCAUCAUACAAAUCAUUCAUUGUUUCAUAAAUCAUGUUUACAUUAAACUGAAUAAAAAAUGAAGAUAUU